AUGGUGAUCCACUCCAAGUUAUUGUUGCUGAUUCUCAUAGCUGUGAGCAGUACUUUGUAUGUCUCAGCAUCGGCGGAUACAGUACGACCCAGUGUUUCACUGUCUUCCAAAUUGCCAGGAUGGUUGACGGUACAAAAUGAUCGAGAACUCCUCAGUGACUUGAUGAACCAAGCUCGCCAGCGACACCAUGAAGCCAUUCAAAAAGCACGGGCUUCCUACUUUCAUGGACCUGCUACCGAAUUGUCCAAGAAGGAAUCCGAGAAGUCACUCGAAUCCCAAAUCCUGGAUGAAUAUGAAGUCCAUGCCAAUGGCAAGAUCCCGGAUUUUGACACCGAAUUGGAACGACGAUUGUUCGUCACGAAUGAAGAAACACCUCUAUUCUCGGAACAAGAAUGCCAAGAUGUAGUGGCGAAAGCGGAAUCUCAUUUUGGGGAUCAACCAUGGAGUCGUUUGCCGUCUGGACAGUACGAUGUCGCUGGAUUUUGGAUUCGAGAUGUCCCUUCCGUCCAUGAAUGGUUCAACAAAAUGUUGCAAGAACGACUUUUUCCCUUGCUGGUCAAAAAAUUUCCCCAUUUUGUGCCGGAUAUGACCGAUUUGUGUGUGGAUAAUGCCUAUGUGUUCAAGUACACUCCCGAAACGGGACGACGCACCGAUGUUCACACGGAUUCGGGAUGCCUCUCGUUUACCAUUUCGUUGAAUAAGAACGACGAGUACCAAGGCGGUGGCACUUGGUUCGAGGGUCUCGAGGGAGAUACGGAAGUCAUUGAAAUGAAUAUUGGCCAAUGUACGGUCCGACCAGGUGGUGUCAAACAUUGUGGCCACGCCAUCAAGGAAGGUACUCGAUACAUUAUUGGUGGAUUUUGCAUGUCUAACAGCAAGGUGGAAUACGUCCGGAUGCUCCUUGGUUUGGGUAGUGAAUACUUUAGUAAGGGCGACGUAGAGAAGUCCAAACAAGCCUUUGAGGCUGCCAUUGCCUUGAACCCCGACUUUGAUGGUAGUUAUUCGAAUCUUGCCGACGUUCUGACGAAAUCGGGAGAGAGAAAAAAGGCUCGAGAAGUAUUGGAAUACUGUUUGAAAGAAGUCAAUCCACAAAGCGGAGAAAUCGCCUAUAGUCUAGGAGCCAAUUAUCUGGAGAAUAAAGACUAUGAAAAGGUCAAAACUUGCAUGCUUUUGGCCUUGGAAUCCGAUGACAGUGAUGUGGAUGCCAUGGAAGCCUUGGCCGAAGUCUACGCGGUCCAAAAAGAUGCAGACGCCGAAGCCAAGUGGUAUCACCGUAUUGUUGAAACUCCUGGAGCCUCUGAUACAGCCUUGUGCAAGGCCUAUUGUAACUUGGGUGUCAUGAGUGAGGGUAUGGAAGAAGAAAUUGAAUACUAUAUCAAGGCCAUUGAAUAUCGCCCGGACCGAUUUGCACCCCGAUAUAGUUUGGGAUGUGCCUAUGCCACCAAGAAGGAAUAUGAACAAGCAAUUCAACAUUUUCGCCACGCAGCAGGCCUUGCAGAAGAUAAUUCGGAGGAACAGCAGCAAGCCCUGCAAACCCUCUACCGAGUCGCCUCACUUCAUUUGCAAGCAUCCGGAGCCAUGGCAUCGAUAACAUCCCAAGCCGACGCAGUGCAAAAGUUUAUGGAAGUCAUUGGGAAAGAAAAUUAUGAACGAUUAGCCUCCUUGAAACGGUAG